CUUUUCUUUUUACUCCCACAGAACGAAUAAUUUGAUCAACGUGGAAGACGGCGAGACUCCCAACGGCACCCCGGCCGGCCUCUUCGCCAAGGUCCGGGCCAACCUAGCCUUGCAGUCAAAAUGGUCCGAGCUGAACGGUGCCAUGGGAGACCUCGGCACCUACAUCCCCAUCAUCCUCGCCUUGGCUCUGGCCAACGGCCUCGACCUCGGCACCACCCUCAUCUUCACCGGCGUCUACAACAUCCUCACCGGCGCCCUCUACGGCGUCCCCAUGCCCGUCCAGCCCAUGAAAUCCAUCGCCGCCGUCGCCAUCUCCAGCGCCCCAGACUUCGCCGUGCCCGAGAUCUUGGCCGCCGGGAUCUGCACCCGAUCGGCCGUCAUCUUCUUCCUUGGCGCCACCAGGCUCAUGCAACUCGCCUACAAGCUCAUCCCCCUCCCCGUCGUGCGAGGAAUUCAGCUAUCUCAAGGGUUAUCCUUCGCGAUGACCGCCGUCAAAUACAUCCGGCACGAUCAAGAUCUCGCAAAAGGGAAAUCUUUGGGCGAGAGGUCAUGGCUAGGCCUCGAUGGACUGCUUCUAGCCAUAGUCGCCGCCAUAUUUAUCGUAGUAAUAAAUGGUGCAGGCGAGGAAGUAGAAGCUAAUAACGAGCUUGCUCAUGGAGGAUCCGGCGAAGAACAGAGACGACGACGGAGGCGAUGGAGACAAUUACUAGCCUCGGUGCCGUCCGCCGUGAUUGUCUUCUUGUUAGGCAUUAUACUGGCUAUGAUUAGAAAGCCGAGCGCCGUAAAAGAAUUGAAAGCAGGGCCAUCAGCUUUCCAUGCGGUGAAAAUCUCCAAGCAUGCAUGGAAAGAAGGAUUCAUCAAAGGAGCAGUGCCUCAGAUUCCACUGUCGGUGCUGAAUUCGGUGAUCGCCGUGUGCAAGCUCUCGACCGACCUCUUUCCCGACAAGCCGGAGGCGACGGCGACAUCGGUGUCGGUCACUGUCGGGCUGAUGAAUUUGGUUGGUUGUUGGUUCGGGGCGAUGCCGUGCUGCCACGGAGCCGGCGGGCUCGCAGGGCAGUACAAGUUCGGCGGGCGGAGCGGCGGGUGCGUGGCGGUGCUCGGGGCGGCGAAGCUGGUCAUCGGAGUGGUGCUUGGGGGGUCGAUGCUGAGAGUGCUAGUGGAGUUUCCGGUGGGGUUGUUGGGGGUGCUGCUGCUGUUCGCCGGAGUGGAGCUGGCGAUGGCGGCGAGGGACAUCGCGUCUAAGAAGGAGGCGUUUGUGAUGCUGGUGUGCGCUGCGGCGUCGCUGGUGGGCUCCGGCGCCUCCCUUGGGUUUGUUUGUGGGAUCGCCGUCCAUCUCCUGCUCGUGCUACGAAGGUGGUGGAUGAAAUGAUUGGGUUUUAAAAAAUUGCUGCUUAUUUGGAUAUGCAGAUUUCAGCAAGCAGCGCGGAUGAGAUCAUGGGGCUACUAGAGAACCGGCCCAGGAGUUAUUCUUAUGCAUUAAAUAAAUGCUAUGUAGUCGAUAUUGUUUGUGUUGAAAAUAAGAUUGGAAAUUGUAUUAUGGAUAUUAUCAUUUUAAGAGAUUUUAGGUAUCGUACUUUAUCUGUAUUGAUACCUUUGCGGAAUUCUUUCUUGGGCCCUGCAUCUCCGAUGGGUCAAAUCCUCCUGCUGCGAUGCCUUCGCUGGGGCGUGGCCGGAGGCAAUGGAGAGGCCGGAGGCAAAGGGGAUAGUGAUGUCAUCGGAGAUGCCCAUGACGACAUCCCGGAGCACGUCACCUGCAGUGAAGUGCUUCUCCUUCUGGUUCAGCAGGAGCUUCUCCAUCGCUCCGCUGACGUCAAUAUUCUCAUCACCGCCCCAUC